GAGAUAUCGUCCAUAAUUACGGCUGCAAAGAGACGGAAUGUGCUUAAUGUGCAUGCUGCUAGCUUGAGAUAUCCACGUCCAGCAAAAGGAGGGCCUGUGAAAAAGAUCAAGAAGAAUAUCUAUCUACAACCGGAUUCUGUUUAUGAGAGAUCAGAGUUUGAACCGCAUGAGACCGAGGAGGAACGAAUAAUGGUCAUGACGGAAUCUUUAUGUCAUGCAGUUCGUAAGUACGACCAUUACGAGUGGUGCAAUAGGUAUACUGACGAUCGCAUACGACCAGAAAAUGUCGCUGCUAGAUUUGUGUCCAAUCUUCUGAAUAAUAGAUGCGCUGAUGUGGCAGCAAGGCUGAGACAAUGUGAGCAAUUCCCACCAGAUCUGACACUCCCUCCUACAUUCUCCACAGCUGCGGCUUACCGAGUGUUCGAGAGCUCACGUGUCUCUCUAAGCAAGAGAGCGUCAGAACAUUUCAAUCCUAGCGAUGUCACCGCAUCAGAUCUCAUGGUCCUUUAUCCUGAAGGUGACUUAGUACGGAAGUUCACAGUACAUGAUCGACUCAAUAUACAGCUCCAUUCAGAUAUUCUAUCGGAUAUGAAUUAUCUCAAAUUGAAAACACAAGUGCGAGCUGUUUUUCUGGAGCCUACUCGGCUAGCUAUGGCUAUAGAAUCACCGGAAGAGGAGGAGAUAAGAAAUAAGACGCAGAUGGAACUCAUGCAGGUGAUUAUGGCAGAACAGGAAGCGGCUCAAAAUGAGACUAUGGUGAAUAUUCUCUCUUUAUCAGGCACUUCUGUUUUUAACGAAUUAUUGUUUAAUACACAGUACACUCAGCUGGACCAUGUUGCGCAUGAGGUAGUUGUUGGUAACGCUCAAGAAAAUGAGCCGAUUUACUAUGAAGACGCUGUGGAUGAUGCUCUGAAUGCGACAGUACGCGCGGGAGAACGAACAGAGACGAUGGUAGCUGGAUAUGAAAAGCUUGAGCGAGAACUGAAUGAGUAUAGGGCUCCGACAAGGCACCAACCGCGUAGCACCAGGAAUCGCGAUUCUCUUGCUGUGGAUCUGCCUUCGCCGAGUGUUUCCGAUGAGGAUGACAAUCUUGAAAUAGACGUCGUGGGCCCAUCAUCUACCAGUGCGCGUCGUCUUGGCGACUCGACUACCCCUUCUAUGGAGACGGGACCUAGCGAAAUGCAUGAGCACUUGAAGAACAUUUCUGUCAAGGACGUCUUGGUCGCCUGUGGUCGAACUGACGACUUGCGAAGCCUUGUGGAACUCAAUCCUGUUAAGAGAAAGCGAGGAAGACCAAGGAAGUAUGAAGGGUGGCCUCCUUUCAAGGCUAAUCAAGAUUUGGCAGCGGCGCCCAAGAGAAAGCGAAGUGCGCCAGUGGAAUCUGAUGAAUCUGAAGAGAUAUAA